AUGGGCAGCAUCUCCAAUCCUUUGGAUAUCGGCAUCAUUGGAGCCGGCAUCGCUGGUCUCUGCGCAGGAAUCGCGGUGUCUCGAGCUGGCCACAAAGCUACCAUCUAUGAGAAAUCAUCAUUCAAGAAUGAAAUUGGCGCAGCGAUAUCCAUCACACCAAAUGGGAAUAGAGUGCUUUCGAAAUGGGGGUUCAGCUAUGCCGCAGCUGGCGGGACCGACAAGCUGCAGUUCCGGGGCGUUGAUCCUGUGUCAAUGCAGCUGAGACAUAAGACUGACCUGAGGAAUGUGAGAAAGGACUUUGGGGAAGGUUUUAAUGCUUUUCAUCGAGUCGACUUACAUCGCGAACUGAGAUUGAUGGCAGAGAAGGCAGGAGUAAAGAUUUUGUUGAGCCAGGAGGUGGUGGACUUGCAGUGCGAAGAAGGCAUCAUCAAAUUCAAGGAUGGCAAGGAAGUCAAAAAGGAUUUGGUUGUUGUUGCUGAUGGUCUGAAGAGCAACUUCAUCCAGACCAUCACAGACACCGACAUCUACCCAAAGAAGAUCGGCAAGUCCGUAUUUCGAGGCCUCAUUCCCAUGUCCGACAUCAUGUCUGACCCCAUCAUCGCUCCAUUCUUCGAGAACGAAGGCUCAGGUUUCUUCUCCGGCUACUCACCCCUCAACUCUGUUAUGUUCAUGACGUAUCCUUGUCGAAACGAUGAGAUCAUGAAUGUAGCAGUCUUCCAUACUACACGACCCGGGCACGAAGAUGACGAAGGAUGGAGUUCGCCAGCCACCAUCAAGGAAGUGUUGAGUGUGCUAGACGGCUUACAUCCUUUCUGGAGCCAGAUCGUAAAGAAAGGAGAUGAUGAUUUGUUCAAAUGCUUCCCGAUCACAUUUCGAGAUGCGAUUGCAAGGUACAAUAAAGGAAGAGUCAUCUUGAUGGGCGAUGCAGCACAUCCUAUGCAACCUACUCACGCUCAAGGAGCCUGCGUCUCAAUCGAAGACGCCGCAACCCUCGAAGUCCUCCUCUCUCAAUGCAACUCCCCGGACAUUAUCCCCUCCUUAUGCCAACUCUACUCCGACUUCCGCAUCCCACGCGACAAUACCACCCAACUCUACUCGAACGUCAUGUUCUACAAAAACGACGGUGACCCCGAAGCCGGGAAGAAAUACGAAGCUGAAAUCCGAAAGUUUUAUCCCGCUCCAGACGAACUUAUGACUUUUGUUCAAACGCCUUGGGAGGGUCCGCAUCAGAGGCUUUGCUCAAAAUAUGCUAUAGCACCAAGUUCCGUCAUCGUCAUCGUCAUCGGCUGCUUGAACUCCAGUCGCUUUCGUAUUUCACCGCUCGGUCUCGCGCCGUGA